CAAUAUGUCUCAAACCAAAACCAUCUCCGAGCUGAAAGGUCACCCCGCUCUCGAGGGUCGCCUGAAACUCCACGCAGCCUGCGAGUCGGGCACCGUCACCGACGACCACUUCCACAAGCUCCUCUCCGGCUCGUCGAGCGCCUCUACCAAAGCGAGCGACCCCAAGGCCAUCGUCUCGGUCGACUGGGCGACCUCGAUCGCGAUGGAAAAGGUCGAGGAGCUGGCCAAGGCCUUCAACGGUAAAAUCUCCGGCCCCGACUCCUGCAAGGGGUUGUUUAGCAACGGUAUCCUUUACUACCGCAACCCGUCGAUCAUCCACGGGGACUGUACCAUCUGGGUGCAGCCGUAUGGCGAGCUCUUCACCAUCGAUUUCUAUACCCAAGACGAUAUCCUCGCUGUGUUUAAGGGGACUCCCCUCGAUGGCGUCGGAGCUGUAAGGGGAUACGAAGGUACUGGCACCUGGGCUUAAGAUGAAAUGGCUUCAUUAGUAUCGGUGAUCCAUCGGUUCGCUGAUGUCUUGCAAGAUGAUUGUACGAAUACACACGCCGUGAUGUAACUUUGCGAGAAAUUUUAGCGGCGCAUGUCUGGCUCUUCUUGGUACUUCACAUAACAGUUCGUUUGUGCAUCGUUACAACCACUACCUGACCCCGCAAUAUAUGCUCCGCCGCUAUCUAACCCUGUA